AUGGCAUCUCUGCUGGACAACAUAACCAGACCUUCUGCUGCCAUCCUGCAGCUGUCUGUGCUGCUUGGUGUAGCCUUUGUGCUGCUGAAGGUGCUCCAGUUCUACUGGGAGAGGAAGAAGCUCAUCAAAGCUCUGGAGGCAUUCCCUGGCCCCCCGAAACACUGGCUCUAUGGCCACAAUCACCUGUUAAAAUCUGAAAAUUUUUUACACCAAGUAGUGUCAUGGGGAGAAGAAUAUCCCUAUGCCUUUCCCAGAUGGUUUGGACCAGUCGAGCCAUCUAUAAUCAUUCACCAUCCUGAAUAUGCCAAAACCAUACUUGGCCGAGCAGAUCCCAAGGCUAGUGCAGUCUACAAACUCCUAGUUCCCUGGAUUGGGAAGGGGCUGCUGAUCCUGGAAGGAAGCAAAUGGUUCCAGCACAGGAAGAUGCUCACCCCAGCCUUUCACUACGAUGUGCUGAAAUCUUACGUGACCCUGAUGUCAGACUCAGUCAAAGUGAUGCUGGAUAAAUGGGACAAGAGGAUCACAGAGAGGAGGUCAGUGGAGCUCUUUCAGGAUGUCAGCUUGAUGACACUAGACAGCAUCAUGAAAUGUGCCUUCAGCUUUAAUUCCAACUGUCAGACUCAGAGCGACUCCAACAAUUAUAUUAGAGCUGUUUUUGACCUGAGCUACCUCCUGAGCGAUAGGAUCCGGAAUUUUCCCUUCAGGAUUGCCUUCUACAACUUCACUCGCAAUGGCCGCGCGUUUCAGGACGCCUGCAAGCUGGCCCAUACCCACACAGAUCAGGUAAUAAAGGAAAGAAAGAUGUUGCUCUCCAAUGAGAAGGAGCUUGAAAAGAUCCAGAAGAAGAAGCACCUGGAUUUUCUGGACAUUCUUCUUUGUAGCAAGGAUGAGAAUGGAGUUGGACUGUCUGAUGAGGACCUGCGUGCUGAGGUGGACACCUUCAUGUUUGAGGGCCAUGACACAACAGCCAGUGGCAUCUCCUGGCUCUUCUACUGCAUGUCACUGCACCCUGAGCACCAGCAGCGCUGCAGGGAGGAGAUCCAGGGCAUCCUGGGGGACAGAGACACCAUUGAGUGGGAGGAUCUUGGGAAGAUGACCUACACCACGAUGUGCAUCAAAGAGAGCCUACGCCUGUUCCCGCCCGUUGCUGGUGUGUCCCGAGAGCUCUCCAAACCCGUGACAUUUCCUGAUGGACGCAGCUUGCCAGCAGGCUGCCAGGUUGGAUUGAGCAUAUUUGCUAUUCACAGGAACCGGGAUGUGUGGGAGGACCCUGAGGUUUUUGAUCCCCUGAGGUUUUCUCCAGAGAAGUCAGCACAGAGGCACUCCCACGCUUUCAUGCCUUUCUCUGCUGGAUCCAGGAACUGCAUUGGGCAGCAGUUUGCCAUGAAUGAGCUGAAGGUGGCCCUGGCAUUGACCCUGCAGCGCUUUGAGCUCUACCCAGACCCAUCCAAGCUUCCCAUAAUGAUACCACAGAUCGUCCUCAGGUCCAGCAAUGGGAUACACCUGCAUUUGAAGAAGAUUUUCUGA